CCUUCGGGGGGCUCGCUUGCCCUUUCGAAGCUCUUUUGGACUGCUUGAUUUGUUUGUUUUCGUCUCUCUCUCUCUCCGCCGGCCCCCUUUCCUCCGGUCUCGCUCCCCCCGCACCUUCUUUAUUUUCGUGAAUCAAUCCUCUCUCUCUCUCCCGCUUUCUUCAUUUUGAUCCCAGCCCGGGUUGCUUUUGGGGAAGUCUGGAGAGGGGAAAGAGGAAAGAAGAAAGACUUCUGUUAAGAAAAGCAUCGAGAGAGAGAAGAGAGAGAGAGAGAGAAAGAAGCAGCGGCAAAAAGAAGAGGGAAAGGAGAACCAAUUGGGGAAAGCCAGAGCCAGAUCUGCCCAGCUAAAAAGGCAGAGUUUGCGCGUUUUUCGGUGGCUUCUCGGAUAUUUCCCCUCGCUGGCUGCCCCCUCUUCCUCCUCCUGCUCCUGCUGCUCCUCGUCCCCUAUCCGGGGGUAAAGGCAUCCUCCUCCGAGCACCCAGAUAAAUAAAGGCAGAAAAAGAGAGGGGGAAACUCCAUCCUUUGCAACUCUCCAGCCAUGGUAGGAAGGGCUCAGCCCGAUCGGAGACAAUUCCCGCUGGUCCUACUGAGAUUGCUCUGCCUUCUCCCCACAGGGCUGCCGGUCCGCAGCGUGGAUUAUAACCGAGGCACCGACAACAUCACGGUGAGGCAGGGGGACACAGCCAUCCUCAGGUGUUUUAUAGAAGACAAAAGCUCCAAGGUGGCCUGGUUAAAUCGUUCCGGCAUCAUUUUUGCUGGACAAGACAAGUGGUCUCUGGACCCCCGAGUAGAACUCCAACAACUUUCUCUUCUGGAAUACAGCCUCCGGAUUCAGAAAGUGGAUGUCUAUGAUGAGGGAUCGUACACAUGCUCAGUGCAAACACUGCAUCACCCCAAGACUUCACAGGUUUAUUUGAUCGUUCAAGUUCCACCAAAGAUCUCCAACAUCUCAUCAGAUGUCACUGUGAAUGAAGGCAGUAACGUGACCCUGGUGUGUAUGGCAAAUGGACGCCCUGAACCUGUUAUCACUUGGAGACACCUCACUCCUACAGGCAGGGAAUUUGAAGGUGAGGAAGAGUUCCUGGAGAUUCUGGGGAUUACCCGGGAACAGUCGGGCAAGUAUGAGUGCAAAGCUGCAAACGAGGUGUCCACAGCAGAUGUCAAGCAAGUCCGAGUCACUGUGAAUUACCCUCCAACUAUCACGGAAUCCAAGAGCAAUGAAUCUGCUACCGGACGACCAGUUUCACUUAAGUGUGCAGCCUCUGCUGUUCCUACACCUGAUUUUGAGUGGUACAGAGAUGACACUAGGAUAAAUAAUGCCAAUGGUCUGGAGAUCAGGAGCACAGGGAGCCAAUCUUUCCUAACAGUGGCCAACGUCACUGAAGAACAUUAUGGCAACUACACCUGUGUGGCUACCAACAAACUGGGAAUCACAAAUGCUAGCCUAUUUCUCUACAAGAAAAUAUUACCCACACUCCCCAAUCCUUUUCCAGGACCUGGUACAGGGAUAGCAGGCAAUGGAUCAAUGUGUCUGGCCGUACCACUGUGGCUCUUGGCAGCUUCCGUGCUCUGCCUACUCAGCAAAUGUUAAUAACAUCCGAAUUUUAAAAAAAAGGAAAAAAAUAUUAAAAACCCAGCAACAACAAGAACAACACACAAAGCAAAACAAAAAUAUGUGUCAUACAGGAGACAGAGCAAGAGAGAGAGAAAGAGAGAGAGAGAGAGAGAACGGGGGAAAGGACAGUUUCUUUCACAAUUUUAUGUGUGUACCGCAACAAAGGGGGAAAAUUUCAGUGAAGAAGAUUCAGCAACAUUUAUUCCAACAAACUGUCAAGUCACUGACCACCCAGGAGUAAGGAAGCCUAGAUGGAUCACUCUAUGGAGACUGGAUCCUGCCAAGGAUGCCAAGAUGCUGUAAAAAAGAAAUAUCAACAAUGAAAUUAUUGUUAUUCUCUCCA